AGCCCCAGAUAGAGCUCAUCGUGUUGGGACCUUUUCUGGCGCCAAAGCUAACCGCGCCAUGGGCGCCGGCCCCUCGGGCCAGGAUCUGGACCCUCUCCUGGAUACCCUGGUGCUGCGGAAGGGCAAGGGCAUCCACAAAGCAGAUCUCAUACGCGCUCGAGGCGAGCCCCUGCAAGCGGUUUACCGCCUGGUGCGCCCCAUAGGCAAAGGCGGCUUCGGCCUGGUCUACGAUGCCCGGGACGCCAAGUCGGGCCAGGCAGUGGUCUGCAAGGUCAUCCAGAAGCAGGCGUCAGACCACAACGCGAUUCGCAACGAGAUUGCGGUGCUCAAGGCGCUGGACCACCCGCACAUCCUCCGCAUUUUUGACCACUUCGAACAUGGAGGUCCGCACGACCCGGCCUUCUAUGUGAUUUGCGAGGUAUGUACCGGCGGGGAUCUGCAGCAAGAGAUUAGCUUCAGCCGCGGCGGCCUGCCAGUGGCUCAGGUGGGUCGCUAUGUUCGUCAAGUCUUGCUGGCGGUGAACUAUUGUCAUUCCCUGGUCAUCCCAGUCCUUCACCGGGACAUCAAGCCGGCCAACGUCAUGAAGAUCCGGCCGGGCAGCGGCUCUGACGUGAAGCUCAUCGACUUCGGCUUGGCCACCUUCAGCAAGGAGAGCACCGGCAUGUCCCGCGUGGGCGGCACGCCGGAGUUCAUGGCGCCCGAAGUCUGGGGCGGCGUCUACGGCCGGCAGUGCGACUGCUGGUCCGUGGGCAUGAUGCUCUACUACUUGCUGGUCGGGGGGCUUCCCUUCCGGCCGCCCCGGGAGAUGUCCAUGUACCCCAGGGUCUGGGCCAACUUCACGAUCUACUUCCCCAGUGCUCAAGGCUGGGGGGCGCGGAACUUGCGCUUCGCCCGGGACCUCAUCCGAAAGCUCCUGGUGGUGUCGCCAAGAGACAGGUUGAGCGCCGGCGGUGCGCUGAAGUCUGACUUCAUCAAGAAGCACGGAAGAUCCACCAGCUUCAUCGGAGGAUGUGCUGGUUCCGCUGUGGGGGAGGUGAUGAGGGGCUACCAGAACUUCAACGCCACCCCCAAGCUGACGCACGGCCUCCGGAGCUUCAGCCGGGUGCCCCGCGUGAUGCGCGUGGUUCUGCUGCUGAGCGCCAGCAAAAUGGACGCCUCGGAACUGGCCAAGGUGCGGCAAGUUUUUGAUAGCAUAGACUGCGACCACGAUGGUUUCAUCAGUUCCACUGACAUGGAGGAUUUCCUGAAUGGGUGGAUGAGCCGCAUGGGGCGCCUGGCGCAUUCUUUGAAAUCCAUGUCGCUGCCCCCCAAGACCAGCGACGCGCGCAUUCUGCUGCAGCUCGCAGACUUGGACGAGGAUGGCUCCAUUGGUUACUCGGAGUUCCUAGUGGCUUGGAUGUACGCCAACCAUUCGGCCGACGACUCCUGCCUCAGGCGAGCCUUCAAGACCUUGCGGGGCCGGGACGGCCGCGUCUCGCGGGCGGAGGUGAGGAACGCGCUCUGCUCUCGCCAGAUGCAGGAGCUGGGCUGCGGUCACCAGCUCGCCGAGGACAUCGCGGCCAUCUUCCCGCAAGAGCGGCUCACCUUCGAGCGCUUCCAGGAGUGCCUUCAGCAACAUGAGGAUCUGGGCGCGCAGGGCUCUCUGCAGCUCUCCGUGCGACGGGGAGAUGCGAAGCUCCGCGCCACCUGGACGCGGAACCACGACGAGAGCGACGACUCGGACCUCGACAAAGAGGAGAGGCCACCGGAAAGCGUCUACAGCACGCUCUGCAAAUGUAUUGGCUGCUAUGGAGACGCCCGCCGAGACGAGCACGAGAAUGUCUUCGAGCUGGAGCAAACCCUGAGGUGAGUCAUCAUCCCAUGAUUAUGUGAAGUGCUUGGUGCCAUUGCAUCAGAGCCAUUCAUCUAGGGGUAAGUUCUCCGUUUCGGCGAGUGUUUUGAUGGUGCCUUUGUCGGUU